AUGGCCGCGGAGAUGGAUGUUUCGAUGAGCGUGAGAGUAUUUGAGGAGCUAACUUUUACGAAGGCGGAGCCUAACGGGAUCUUCUCGGUAAAGAUGAGAGCGAGUUACAACGUUUUGACCGGUCAUCCCAACAAGACGCAGGAUUGGCAACGUGCAUAUUUCUUCAUUAAGUCCGACGAGCAUGCCUUCGAGGAGCCGCCGGGGGACGAUUAUCGCGUUUUAUGGAAUAAGCAACUUGUUCGUCAUCCCAAUACGAUCGCCUAUCCCGAGAAGUUCUUUGAAACCGCUCAACUGAUCGCGACGCACAGUCAUCUCAGGUGGCCGGAUCUUAGUCGGGAGUGGAUACGUCGACAACAAGCUAGGAUCGCCAGAGUUGAUUGGGAAUCGAGACUUCCUUGUGUACUCGGUCCCCGCAAAUCACGUCUUUCCCUAUUUACUCGGAAGCAACAGAAACUUCUCAACCGAGCUAGAAAAAUGGAGGGAGUUCCCGACUUGAGUGCUUUGUUAAAAGGGAAGCUUCAAAUGCUCUCGACGACACCGUCUUCUGCCGGCGCCUCGGAGGCCAGGCCUGUUCCCGUAGACGGAGAUGCGAACUCCGAGCCGCCAGCUCAGAGUUCCCCAAAGAAGAAGACCAACAAGUCCAAAGCCAAGGACAGGAGUGUCCCUUUGGAAGUGGCGCCAUCUUCUGCCAAUGUCACUGAAGUCGCGGCUAAGAAGAAGAAGAAAAAAGGGAGCAAGAAAAGGUCUCGCGAGGAGGCUUCUGUUGAGGAUAGGGAAACCUCAGCUGCCGUAAGGGAUGAUGAUGCGGAAAGAGACGAUCCAGCCGAUUCUACUCGGGGAUCGCCUGAGGAGCGUCCCAAGAAGAAGUCGAAGAAGAAAGCAGCGGAAGACGAUGGGACUUCAGCUCCCGAGAUUCCUUCCAGAAGUGGAGAAACGGCUACCGAAGUCGGAGAUGGAUCUCGGGGUGAAUCUCCGUCGAGUAAGGGAGCCCCUUCGUCUUCUGCGAGGGAGACCGGUGCGGGAAGCGGAGGUUCGCUUCCGCGGAAGACGGGGGGAGGAGUUCGCUUUCCGGACCGCGUAGAGUUCCUUUACGACGAGGCGACUCCGUUGGUCCUGAAUCCACUUCGGUGUGCUGAACUGACUCGCCAGAUCCGUGGUGGGACCAAAGAGUUGCCGCCGGUCGAGGACUUAUACUUCAAAAAGGAGUAUGUUGAUGCGGCUAUGGCGGGCAGACGGAGCGACGGGAGCAUGAAUUACCUCGUGGAGAAGUACGACAGCACCCUGAAGCAGACGAUGGUCCAGCUGGGCGCCUCGGAUAAACUCGCACGGACAAGAUUGAGCGUAAUCGAGAGGUUACGCGCUGAGAACAAAAAAGCCGGCGACAAAGCGGCCAAAGAGAAAGAGGUCCUCCGAGUUAAGUUUGAGGAGUUGGAGGACAAGCUGAAGUCUGACCGUCUUGCGAAGAAGGACGCUCUCCGCGAGAAAACCCGCUUAGAGCGAUUGGUCGCUUCCCUCGAGAAGGAGAAGGCUGAACUCGAGGAAGAGAGGGACGCUGUCGUCGGGACGCUGGUCAAAGAGAGGCAACGUCUGAGGGAUUCUAGGGUUCAGGAGGUCACCCGCGAGAGGAUCAAGGUCCAGACGGCUAUGGCGGACAAGUCUACUCGCUGUAUAGGUAAGGUGAAGGGCUAUCUGGAUCGUCUCAUGGCGCGAGAGAAGGCCAAGAACCUGUACGGGCAGGCUUCAGGAACCAAAAAGUGCCUCGAGAUGAUUAAAGAUAGCGGGGUGGCGAUUCCGCCGAGUAUGAUCAACAUCUUCUCGGAGCAGGAGAAGAUGUAUGAAGCUGAAGUCGCCAAUCUUUACCUCGAGCCGUUCUCUGAGGAUGACUUUGCUCUCUCUCCUCUCAACCUUCCUUCUCGAUUUGUGAAUGAAGAGCUCAUGGGAGUACUUGACCCGUAUGGAUCGAAUGUUGGUCUGAUUGGCCACGAGUCAGCCUCCCAGUUGAUCACUUCCCGCGAGGCGACUGAAGAUCCGAUCGAUGAGCCGAUGGUUGACAUUACUUCUGCUUUAUCGGAGCGUACCGUCGUUCCCGAAGGAACUGCCAUCGAGGAGCGCCUUGACGGGAACGACCCCGAGGAGACUGGGGACGCGAUUCAAACAGACAUGGGGGAUGUAGCCGCUGAAGAUCCGGUCUUAGUUUCUUCAUCUGAGGAGCGAGAAGGGGACGAAGUGGGCGAGGAGGAGACCAGGUCAUCGCCGGCGCUUGUUGAAGAGAUGGACCCGAUCCUGCCAGUUUCCGACCCUCCUGCUCCGGUUGAAGGCCUUGGUGAUUAA